AUGCUGGCUGAUGACAAAGAUAACGCUCCUGUUUCUCAAUCAGGCAGUGAACAACCUACUAGCAAGGGUAGCGAAGGCGGCUUCGACGACCGUGAGCAGGGAACGUUUGCUCUCGACCACCCUGAAGGGGGAUGGGCUGCUUGGUGCACAGUGCUGGGCGCAUUUUUAGUACAAAUGUGCAGCUAUGGUUAUACGAACUCUUUCGGAGUAUACCAAGAGUACUAUACGACAACGUUCAUGACUAACGAAUCCGCGUCUGUCAUAUCCUGGAUUGGCAGUGUAAAUGCCUUUCUGUUUGAGCUGGGGGGCGUUGCAGCCGGGCGUCUCUACGAUCGUGGCUACUUUUACACCGUGGUGUACGGUGGCUGCUUUAUGCAGUCGUUUUCCUUAUUCAUGCUUUCGUUCGCGAAACCUGACAAGUUCUAUCAGGUGUUCCUUGCCCAAGGGAUAGCCUCAGGCAUCUCAUCAGGCGUUCUGUAUAUUCCGACUAUGGUGAUAGUCUCGGAGUACUUCUCAAAACGCCGUGCCCUCAUGAUGGCUAUUGUGGCUUCUGGAGCAGCGGUAGGCUCCGUCAUACAUCCGAUCAUACUGAAUAACGCGUUGAACGGACGCAUCGGCUUCGCGACCGGUGUUCGCGCGAGCGCUGGUCUUGUUAGCGGCCUGUUACUUCUGGCUUGCUGUCUCAUGCGGACGCGCGUUAGUGCAACGAAGCGCUCGAGCAUAAGUUUCGUCAAAACUAUCAAAGGUUGUGUAAAGGACAUCUCAUAUAUGUUGGGAAUGUUAAGCACCAUGAGUUUUGCAAUCGCACUGUACUACCCGGUAUUUUAUCUUCAGCUCGACGCUGCCUCCCACAACCUCCAGCCAGUCUUCUCGUUUUACUCGCGAUUGAAGCUUGAGCUUAUGAAUGUUCAGCUCGUCGUGCUGAAUGCAUCCAGCUUUGUAGGACAAAUUAUAUCUGGCUUCUUGGCACACAUUUUUGGUGUACCUAUAGUGAUGCUGGUUGCAAUAUUCGGCGGAAGCGUAAUGGUGUUUGCGAUGGCUGGCAUCACCUCAGUCGCAGGUGUUGUCGUGUUUGCAAUUAUGUAUGGCAUAUUCUUUGGCAUGUUGGCAGCACUUACGCCGAAUCAUGAAGAACUUGGAGCACGUAUGGGGAUUUCGUGUGCAUUUAUGGCGAUUAGUGAUUUGAUUGAUCGUGAACUCCUUACAGGAACACCCAUCUCUGGCGCGCUCUUGGGUACCCAAUAUGUAUGGUGGAAGCCGGCAGUGUUCAAUGGUGUCAGUCCUUUACAAAGUCACCGUCCUCAUCUAAACUCACAUUUUCGCCACAAGUCGAUCGGCGCCUUCGCAUUUCUACUCGCCAUUGGGAUGCGCUUCACCAUUAACAAAUAUCACCUGCGAAAGAGCGCCAGCUAG